UCCAAACAAAGUGACAGAGCUUUUAGCUCCCAGUACUAACAAGGCACUAUCCGGAUACAUGCAGUCAUGAACUGUCUACCCCCCUGCCGAAUAUGGUGGCCUCUUAUUUUUUACUUCAUUCUGGUCAUUUGGGAGUCUCCAAAAGCUAAAAGCAGCCCAGUGUUCUCCAGCAGACAGGAGGCCAAUCAUGUGCUGAAAGUUCGGAAGCGUGCUUAUAACUUUAUGGAGGAGCUGAAGCCGGGCUCCCUGGAACGGGAGUGCAUAGAAGAGAAGUGUGAUUUCGAGGAGGCCUUUGAAAUUUUUGAGACUCGGGAGGACACACUUAACUUUUGGGCAAAAUAUUUUGACGGGGAUCAGUGUCAGUCCAAUCCAUGUGUCAAUGCUGUGUGCAAGGAUGGAAUUGGAAGAUUCGACUGCAUCUGUAAUGAGGGCUGGGAAGGUCGCCUGUGUAAAAUUGAGGUUGAGUAUUCCAACUGCUCAUUGAAUAAUGGAGGAUGUAUGCACUUCUGCACUAAUACAGAGAAUAGCACAAGCCGUGUGUGUAGCUGUGCCCAAGGCUACCGGUUAAAUGAUGACUACAAGACGUGCCAACCAGCAGUGGAAUUCCCCUGUGGGAAAUUAAAAAUUGUAGACUAUGGAUAUUCCGCUCGUCUCACUGGAGCAAAGCAAGGACGCAAAGGGGAUAGUCCUUGGCAGGCCAUGUUACGUUAUGAGAAGAAGCUAAAAUGUGGAGGGGUCCUGAUUCAUCCUUUCUGGGUUCUGACUGCAGCUCACUGCGUUACACAUGCUGGAAAGUACACUGUCCGGCUUGGUGAAUAUGACAUUCGCAAGCUGGAGGAUACAGAGCAGCAGUUUGCUGUGAUCAAGAUCAUUCCCCAUCCUGAGUAUGAAAGUAACACAAACGACAAUGAUAUCGCCCUACUGCGCCUUGUACAGCCAGUUGUCUAUAACAAGUAUAUCCUGCCCAUAUGUCUGCCCAGUGUAGAUCUUGCUGAAAGUAACCUAACGAUGGAUGACACUGUAGUCGCGGUUACUGGUUGGGGGAGAGAAGAUGAAACGGCCUUAAACUAUUCCAGUGUGCUUAGCUACAUACAGAUCCCCAUUGCCCCACGGAAUCAGUGUGCUGAGACUCUGAAAGAUGGAGUGUCUGACAAUAUGCUGUGUGCGGGACAGCUGGGACAUAUACAAGAUGCCUGCUAUGGUGAUAGUGGUGGACCUAUGGUCACUAAGUUUGGAGAAACCUGGUUUCUGGUGGGGCUGGUAAGCUGGGGGGAAGGCUGUGGGAGACUUAAUAAUUUUGGUGUUUAUACCAAAGUCAGCCGUUAUCUGGACUGGAUUGCACAAAAGAUGGUAGAGUAUGAAGAAGCCCAACGCCUCUCUGCGGCAUCCCAGACAGAAAAGCAAAAUGUCAACAAAUCCCGGAAAAUCCGACCAUAGCUUAGGGGAAACUAGAUGGCUACCCAAGUUGAAAUGUAUUUUUUCAUGCCCAGUAAAAGAACAUUACAAUGGUAAUAAUGAAUCUAGAAAACAAAAAUGCUUUUCUUAUUGGGAAGAAAAAUAUCUCCAUGUCUAAGUUUUGCUGUGCUUUAAAUAAAAGGCUUGGCAAAACCUGGCACGUAUUCCACCAUUUUUAUGAACGUAUGGUUACCAGAGAGUUUUAUCUGAAUCCAUGCAUGAGAUCUGAUUUUAAAAAAAUAUAUGGCAGUUUCUAAAUAUAAAUAAAAUGUAAAGAGCAGCUUGCAAA